CAGAUUUUCCGUUUAUCAUCGAGAUAUGGAGGCUACGGAGCAGCAGCUCUUCCUAAUGGAGUUUUUAGUGGAUCGCGUUAAUAUCCCAUCUGUCAAAGCAAUACAAGAAGAUGUAUUGCCAGUGACGACAUGCGUCAGUUUUCAAAUUUUAAAUCUGCCCGCUAUCAACAUCUACCAGGAGGCCUCGACGGCAGAUUGCACCUGCACGAGCGGCGACACGCAGGUCUUCAAGAAAGGCAAAUCCUGUCUUUUCGCUCUGCCAUCUGCGGUUGUGGAAAAGCCAUUGCACUCAUUUCCAGUAACUCUCACGGUGUAUAAAAAACUGCCACCUGGAGUCUUACCAGACGUGAUGACGAUCGGUAGCCAUCAGAUCCAAACGAAGGAUUUGUUCAAUACGCUUCUACAGAAGCGGCUCGAAGGUGCAGGUAACCCCUGCAAGACGAUGAAGGAUACCUUCAAAAUCACCACAGCCACCGGGCAAAAUGUUGGCGAGGUGACGGUCUUCAUCCGCGUGUCCUGUUUCGGGAAGAAAAUCGUCACGCAGUUUCAGAUCCCGCACAACAAAAAGCCAUAUCUCUUCAAAGGUGCAGCCAACAGCCCCGUCUUCCAGUGCAAAAGGAUUCCAUCAGACAUCGGAACCAAGUCUGUCGAAAGAUGCAUCUGCAAGAAGGAAGAAGCCCCAGGUGGAGGCGGCGAAGCUGCACUUCGCACCUGCUGCCCCCCAAUCUCGGCAGAAGUUGGCUUCACCUCGCCCUCCAUCGCACCUGCAGCAAAAAUAAAGGCAGAUUUUAGUCCUAGACCUUGUUGCCCUUUGAAGGCGUCGCAGAAUGCACCUGCAGGUGGGAACAAGGGACCAACCUGCCAGCAGUUGAAAAAUCAGAGCAACGUGGCUUCGCCAUGUUGCGGAGCGCAGCCGAGGAUUAGUCAGAAUUACCCUGCAGGUGCUGCUUCUUCCCCUGGGCAGAUGCAGGGGCAGAUAGGGAAUUUAGGUGACGCUGGAAAUCGUGGCUGCUGCUCUGGAUGCGGAUCUUCCUAUGGACCUUCCCAUGCUACUAACCUAACGAGAUCUGCAAAUUGUGCCGCAGGUGGUUCUACAGCUGCAGGGUGGAAGUCCGAUUUGUACCCGAAGGAGCCGCAGGUGCGGCAGUGCGGUUGUGUCGUUAAAGACGAGAGGACCUGCGAUUGCGGACGGAUUAGAUAG